AUGUCCAAGGUAUUCGUCGGCAAUGUCAAGAGUGUGUUGAGCGGUGACACACUGAUCUUGACAAGCCCCAAUAAUCCCGCUGCCGAACGAAUCUUCGCGCUCGCAUACGUCACCGCCCCCCAUCUGAGGCGAGAGGGAGACGAGCCGUUUGCUUUCCAAGCUCGCGAGUAUCUCCGAAACUUGGUUGUCGGAAAGCUGGUUCAAUGCACAAUUCAAUACACCAUCCCCAACUCUGGCCGAGAGUUUGGCACAGCCAAGUUGAAGGAUGGGAGUGAGCUGCCCGAUGAACUGGUCAAGGCUGGUUGGCUCAAGGUCCGCGAGGACGCUGGCCGCAAGGAAGAAAACGAAGAAGUCUUGCAGCGUCUUGAAAAGCUCCGUGCUUACGAAUCGGAGGCCAAGGCCGAGGGCAAAGGGCUUUGGGCUGGCACCGGUGGCGUGAUCGAGGUCCAGAAUGACCUUGGUGGACCUGAAUUUAUGAAUGAGUGGAAGGGAAAGACUGUCGAUGGUAUAGUUGAACGGGUGCUCAGCGGUGACAGACUCGUUGUGAGGCUCUUGCUCUCAGAGAAGAAGCAUGUGCAGCCCAUGACCCUCAUUGCUGGCAUCCGUGCCCCCGCCACUGAGAGAACAAACCCAUCCACCGGCACUACCCAACCGGCUGAAGAAUUCGGAAACGAGGCUAGGCAGUAUGUUGAAUCUCGCCUGUUGCAAAGACAAGUCAAGGUUGAGGUUGUCGGCGCCAGCCCUCAAGGCCAGCUGGUUGCCAACAUCAUUCACCCUCGUGGCAACAUUGCCGAGUUCUUACUUCAGGAUGGUUUGGCUCGAUGCAACGACUUUCAUUCGACCAUGCUGGGCGAGAAGAUGGCAGCGCUCCGAUCUGCUGAAAAGCAGGCUCAGUCCAAGAAACUACGACUUCACAAGCACCAUGUCGCCAAGGCAGUUGGUGACAACCAGGAGAUGACUGUUGCAAAAAUCAUUGGGGCUGACACCAUUAUUGUGAAGAACAAGUCUGGGGCAGAGAAGAGAAUUAGCUUCAGUAGCAUUCGCGGUCCUCGAACCAAUGAGGCCAGCGAGAGCCCCUUCAGAGAUGAAGCCAAGGAGUUUUUGCGCCAGAAGUUGAUUGGGAAGCAUGUAAAGAUCAGCAUUGACGGAAAGAAGCCCGCGACCGAAGGCUUCGAAGCUAAGGAGGUGGCUACAGUAACCGAAAAGGGCAAAAAUAUUGCCCUGAUGUUGGUCGAGGCAGGAUGGGCUUCAGUCAUUCGACACAGAAAGGAUGAUACCGACAGAGCCUCUAAUUACGACGAGCUCCUGGCAGCUCAAGACAAGGCCAAGGAGGAGCUGAAAGGUAUGUGGUCUGGCAAGCCUCAGAAGGCGAAGCAAUACACAGACUUGUCGGAGAACGCUCAGAAAGCCAAGAUCAUGCUCGCCACGCUGCAAAGACAGAAGAAGGUUCCCGCGAUUGUUGAUUUUUGCAAGGCUGGCUCCAGAUUCACUAUCCUUGUUCCCCGGGAAAAUGUGAAGCUAACGAUGGUUCUUGGUGGCAUUCGGGUUCCCAGGGCUCCACGGGCCGAUGGAGAAGGCGGUGAGCCGUUCGGCAAGGAGGCUCUGGAUCUGGCAAACCGACGAUGCAACCAGCGAGAUUGCGAGGUUGACAUUCAUGACAUGGACAAAGUCGGUGGGUUCAUCGGCGCUCUGUACAUCAACCGCGAGAACUUUGCCAAGGUAUUGGUAGAGGAAGGUCUGGCCUCUGUUCACGCCUACUCUGCGGAGAAGUCUGGCAACUCGACCGAACUGUUUGCCGCCGAGAAGAAGGCCAAGGACUCACGAAAGGGCAUGUGGCACGACUAUGACCCUUCGCAAGAGGAGACCUAUGACAAGGAAGAGGCUGCAGAAGAGGCUCCUGAUGAGGCUGAGGUGUCACCAGACAAGAAGUCUACGGACUACCGUGAUGUUGUGAUCACCAACAUCGAUGGAAACGGCAAGAUCAAGAUCCAGGAAAUUGGCAAAGGUACUGCCGCUCUGGAGACGAUGAUGAACGAGUUCCGAAAGUUCCACCUCGACGCCAAGAACAACAAGCCAUUGGGUGAUGCCCCCAAGACUGGGGACUUUGUUUCCGCCAAGUUCUCCGCGGACGGACAGUGGUACAGAGCUCGAGUCCGCUCCAACGACCGCACUGCCAAGGUGGCUGAAGUGCAAUAUGUUGACUACGGCAACAGCGAGAAGAUUGCCUGGUCCAACCUUCGGUCCCUUGACCAAGGUCAAUUCGGUGUUCAGAAGCUUAAGGCUCAGGCCAUUGAUGCCUCGCUAUCCUUUGUACAGCUCCCCACCGGCGCUGACUACUUCGAUGAAGCCAUCAGCGUCAUUGCUGAGAUGACGGAGGGCAAGCGACUAGUGGGCAGCUUCGACUUUGUAGACAACAAGGAGAAUGUGAGCUACAUUACGUUGUACGAUGCCAAGACGAACAAUGAACUGCCGGGCUUGAACGAUUCGAUCAAUAAGGAGGUCGUUGCCAGCGGCUACGGUAUGGUUCCCAAGAAACUGAAGGCUUGGGAGCGAAGCAAGGCAUUCGAGCCCUACCUUAAGCACCUUAAAGAGGUUGAGAGCCAGGCCAAACACGAUCGUCUGGGCAUGUGGGAGUAUGGUGACAUUACUGAAGAUUAG